AUGGGAGUUCCAACCUUUUAUAAGUGGCUAUGUAGCAGAUAUCCCUUAAUAGUCAGGAGUUUAAAGGAAAGCAUAACAGAAGAUAAUGUAAAUUCAAAGAUAGAUCUGACACUACCAAGUGAAAAUGGUGAGUUCGACUGUUUGUAUUUGGAUAUGAAUGGAAUUAUACAUCCUUGUUGUAAUCCAAUAAGUAGUAUAGCUCCAAUUAAUGAAGCUGAAAUGUUUACAAGGGUCUGUGAUUAUAUUGAUAGACUAUUUUCAAUGAUAAGACCUAGGAGACUGUUAUAUUUAGCAAUAGAUGGGGUUGCUCCUAGAGCAAAGAUGAAUCAACAACGUAGUAGAAGGUAUAAGACAAGUAUGGAGAUUGAGAAUUUAAUGCAAGCUUAUAGUGAAGCUAAACAAGAAUUUGAGAAAUUAGGAUACAAGUGUCCACCUUACAAAGAAAAAUGGGAUAGUAAUUUAAUAACACCAGGGACUCCCUUUAUGGAAAGAUUAUCAGCUUGUUUACAGGUAUAUAUUAGACAAAAAUAUGAAUCUGAACCUGCAUGGAAGACAUUAUCAGUUAUAUUUUCUGAUGCAAAUAUUCCUGGUGAAGGUGAACACAAGAUUUUAGAUUUUAUACGAAAACAGAGAUGCAAUUCAAAUUAUGAUCCAAAUACUAGACAUGUGUUAUAUGGUGCAGAUGCUGACUUGAUAAUGCUUGGACUAUCUACACAUGAACAAAAUUUUUUUAUUGUAAGAGAAUCAAUAACAAAUGAUGAUGGUGCAUCACAAAUUUGUCAUUUAUACAAUAAAUUAUUAACAGAAAAUAGUAUAGAUAAAAGUGUAAACGCAAAUAAUAGAAUAAGAUUUGGGCCUAAUAAUUCCUCUAAUUUACGAAUAUAUUCCUGGUGGAAAGACCUCGAAAUGAUUGAUCUCUCAGUACUACGUGAAUAUCUUGCUUAUGAAUUUAAGGAGUUGGAGGAGAAAUUAUCAAUAAAUAGAGAGAAAUAUAUAGAAAAUAGUAAUAAUCCUGAGUGUACUAUUUCAACAGAGAUUCAUGAACAAGAUAACAAUAUGAAAUAUAGUAAAAUUAAUGAGAAGUUAUAUAAUUCGAAAUUUUAUUAUGAUUUAGAGAGAUGCAUCGAUGAUUUUGUUUUCUUAUGUUUUUUUGUUGGGAAUGAUUUUCUUCCAAAUUUACCAGCAUUUGGAAUUCAUAAAGGUUCUUUAGACCAGUUAUUAGCAAUAUAUAUUAAGGUACUACCUACAUUAGGAGAUUAUAUUACAUGGGAAGGUAAUAUAAAUGUAAAAAGCAUUGGAUUAUUUUUUUUUUAUCUGAAAGAUUUAGAAUUGGAUGUUUUAAAGGAGGAUACUAGAUUUAAUAAUAGAAAUAAUAUAUCAAAUAAAGAUCAGAAAGAUAUAUUUUCUAAACCAAAGAUAGAUGUUAAUAAAGUUAAAUUCAAUGGGAUAGAUGCUUAUUUUAACGAUCAUGUAAAUAGAAUUCUUCAAUUUAAGGAUAACAAUUGUGAAACUUACAUGACUGAUAAAGUUCGUCUUGGUGAUGGAGACGUUGAUAUAUGGAGAUUAAGAUAUUAUUCAAUUAAAUUUAAACUUGAUUUAUUAGUUCUAAAUUUAAAAGAUAUUAAUCAGGAUGAAACUAUUGAAAAUAAUUUGGAUAUAGAUAAAGAAACUAUAGAUAACAACUUAUAUCAGAAGCUUAGUGAAUUUUCUAGAGAAGUUGGAUACCAUUAUAUUCGUGGUUUAUCAUGGGUUUUGAAAUACUAUUAUCAUGGAGUUCCUAGUUGGGAUUGGUUUUAUCCUUAUCAUUAUGCGCCUCUAGUUGUAGAUCUUGCAAAUAUGGCAGCAUCAGAUUUAAGAAAAAUUGGUAUUAAAGAUGUUUCAAUUCCGGAUACUAUAAUAAAAAGUGUUAAUAUAUGUGAUGGAGAUUCAAAUAAUAUUUGUAAUGAAAAUGAGUUAUCAGUAAAUAGUAAUACUUUCAAUUUUAGUAUAGAAAAUGCAAUUUUAGCUCCUUUUUCACAAGGGGUUCCAUUUAGCCCUUAUCAGCAACUCAUGGCUGUCCUGCCUCCUAAUUCGGGCAAAAAGUGUUUACCUUUCAAAUUAUACCAAAUGAUGUCAGAUGAAAAAAGUCCUUUGAAAGAAUUUUAUCCAGAUAAGUUUAAGGAAGAUCCUAAUGGGAAUAAGCAGAGGUGGAAAUGGAUUGUAUUAUUACCAUUCAUUAAUCAAGAAAAGCUUUUAGAGCAUGUUAAACCACUGGAAGUACAUAUUUCUGAUAUAGAUAAAAUAAGGAAUAGGCAUGGGAUGAAUAUUAUUUAUACUUCUUACUUUUCAGGGUUAAGUAAUUUGUUUUUAAACAAUGGGCAAAAAAAUAAAAGUAUAGUGAAUUCUGAUAUACAGGAGAAUAAAAAUAUAUCAGAAGAUAUAUUCAAUAAUGAAAAGAGUACACAAAAUAACGAAAUUAAUCUUAUUAAGAUCCCAAAUGAUUUAACUAUCGGUAUAUUUGGUUUUGUGAAGAGACUUCAUAGCAAUAUAACUGAAAAAUUUAAGGAUCAGUGUAUUCUUCUACGUAUAGCUUAUAUUGAAGGAAAUGAAGAUUAUUUAAAUGUUGAUAUAUCUAAUACUUUUACUGAGUGGAGAUGUUUAAUUGAAAGUGGAUUUGGGACUGAUAUAAAAGUAGAAAAGUCAUUUUUCUUUUGUUGGUAUGAUCCUGGAGAGAACAUCAAGACUAUUCUAGCCAAAGUAUCAUCAUCUCAAGUUUCUAUAUAUCGUAUUGGAUUUGGAUCAAGACUUCUACCCAACACUGUGAAAUUGUCAGCUAUAUUACAAAAUUAUGAUUUGGAAGAUCAGAGUCGUAAAAUGAAGGGUUUUAGAGCUGGAUUAUCAAGAAAAAUAGUUUUCCGAUUAUUAUCGAUUUGGGGGUUACAAGAAAGUGAUGCAGAUAUUUCGAAUAGUCAAAUGAAUAGAAAGAGAGGAGCUUAUGUCUAUAAUGGCUAUAACAGAAAAAUUAGGCUAUACAGUGGAAAUAGGGGUGAAUAUCAGAACAAUGAAUAUUGUCAAAGUUAUGGUCAGGGGUAUUACAGCGGUGAAUCAGAAGGAAAUCUUUAUAAAAAAACCUAUAGUGCUAGAAAUAGAUUUCAUAAUAAUACUUACGAUGAUAGAAAUAGUAUUCACUAUUCGCAAUAUAACUCAGAUGGGAACUUCAAUCCAAGUCUUUAUAAUACACCACAUCUUGCUAAUGAAGUAUAUAACAGAUCAAUUAGAAACAAUAAUUAUAUUCAACAGGAUUUCCAACAAAAUAUAAUUGAUUAUUCAAGUGAAUAUUUAUUUCACGGAGUUAAUUCUAGAAAUUAUUACUAUAAACAAACUAGCCAAUUUAAUCAUAAUAUACAAAACAAUAUUGAGGGAACCCGAAUUAAUAGGAGAUCUGGUUUUGAAAAUAAUAAAUGGUAG